CUACGUACGGACGGCGUGAAUUUGACGCGGAAGUGUUUUGCCUGCGCCGCCAUUUCACAGUAGCCUAGAAAAUGCACACUGCGGACAACACGAGCGAAUUCGAGGUACAGUUAGUUCAAGAAGUCCGUAAAUAUGCACAUUUGUAUGACCCGCAUCAUGAACAUUAUAAAGACGUCAAUAUAGGAAUUAAGGCGUGGACUGAAAUUUCCAAAGUUGUGGGUGAGCAAGUCUGCGAGUGCACGAGGAGAUGGAAGCAGUUGAGGGACAAGUACGUUCGCAACCGCAGAAAGAUGCGCACAGACCCUGCAAACUGGAGAAAAACGCGUCUUCCCUCAUAUUUCAAAGAGAUUUCCUGGCUAGCGCCGUUCGUAAAGCAUCGCGGGGCCACAGAAGAAGACGACGAGGAGGAACUCAGCAGCGUGGAAAAUGUGACUGCCGAGGCCACAGCUGAGACAUCACCACCACAGCUACGGUCCUCAGAAAUCGCCCGCACCACCAGCACCAUCCCUCCCCCCAAGAGGAGGAGGGUGGAGGACCUGGAGUCCAGGCUUCAGAGCCAGGUGGCCAGGCUGGAGGAGCGCAGGGCUCAGCUAGAGCAGCAGCAGCGGCAACAACAACAGCAGCAGCAGCAGCAGCCGCAACAGCAGCGGACAUCACUGACUACUCUGACAGCAGUGUCGACGGAGGAGGACGAGCUGGUCCGGUUUGGCCAGACGGUGGUGGACAUGCUGCGCAGAGUGCCAGAGGAAUUGAGGCCCGAGGCCAUGUUUGAAGUGCACAAGAUACUGUUUGAGAAGCGAAAGAGGCCUCAACAGACAGCUGCGCCCGAAGUUAGUUAGGCUCCCAGGUAGUGAUGAUGUGCAACCUGGACUCAGUAGUUACAAUCAGGUGUUACACAUUCCAAACAGCAUGGUGUCACUCACUCGUCAUAUUCAACCAGGUAAUUGCCUUUGUUGAAUGACCAUCUGAUUGAAUUGAACAUGUAAAUUAAAACCAUGUCUUUUGGAAUAUCUGCUAUUGGAUUGUAGUAACUAAUGAAUCCAAGUUGUCCGUCACCAUUCAUGGGUAGUAGUAGUUUCAUAGGAUGAUUCCCUUUUUUUAAGACACUGCUUUACAAAAAUCUCUGAUAUUUUUUUUCUCUCUCUUUUUUUGGGCACACAUUUUGUAUCGUUCUCUUUGCUUGGUAAUGCUCAAAAGUAAACCGGCAACAAAACAAGA